ACUUUACAAUAAGGAAGCAAUUUUGGAAGCAAAAUUGAACAAAACAUUGUCAACCAACCAAGCAACAGAACACAUCCAUUCAUUAAGUGAUGUUAAAGAAUUAAAGUUGGUAGAUAAUAAAGCUUGGAAAAAUGAAGGGGCUGAAAAAGGGGAUGUUUAUAUCGACAUGAAUGAGACUCCUUGGAUAUGCCCAAUUACUUCUCUUCCAAUGAAUGGAACUAGCGCUUUUUUUGUCAAUUGGUUGUGUGGAUGUGUUUUUUCUGAAAAGGCUGUUAAUGAAUUAAAACCUGAUGCUUGUUUAGGCUGUUCUGGUCCUUUUAAAGAAGAAAACUUGAUAAAAUUAAAUCCAGAAGAUGAAUUACUAGAUUUAUACAAAAAACGUAUUGCUGUAGAAAUUGAAGAGAAGAAACGCAAAAAGAUGGAAAAGAAAGAGGAAGGAAGUGGAGGAAAAAGAAAAAUGGGCGAAAAACCAAAAGAAGUUGCUAAAAAAGUCAAAAAAGACGAAGAAGUCAAAAGUAUUCAAAAUUCUAAAGAUUUACCUCAAAGUGUAAAAUCUAUAUUUACAACAAGUGAAGAAGCUAAACAACAACCUAGAGCACAUUGGGUUACUCAUAAUCCUUUAUAUUAUUAA